AGUGGUUGUACCCAAUGAUGACUAUACUAUACCAGUUACCCAAGUGUUGUGCUAAACAGAGGGUGGGAUGAGCUCUUCAGUCCUGACAACCCAUUGAAUGAAUAGCAUAUAUUGUAUGAAUACUUUGGUGCACUUGCUUUUCGUUUGAAUCAAUUUAUUGCACACAAUGUGAACAUUGAAUUUAAAUCGUCUGAAACUUUUUUAUUGUCGUUUUUUAAUUUACUUUUUAUUUGACACGUUCUCUGAAAAGCCCGAAGUAAUUGUUAAACAAGUGUGAAGUAAUGCCAGACGUGCCCAGCAGUCGGUACGGAGAACCGGUUUAUAGCAGUCAGACCACUGACAACACUUCCACACCUGAAGACAGACAUAACUCUAGGUUUAAUUUUCAACACAAUUUCCCAAUCAAUGAAAUUUUGGCCAACGUUUCUGAGGAACAGUUAGAAGAGAUCACUCAUACUUUUCAUGUAAAUAUGGUCUCAGAAUCAUACGAUAAUCACGACAUGUCAUCCCGUUCUUCAUCCGAUGGAACUGUCAAUACGAUCAACAAUCACGACAACACCGCUAACCACAAGAAUACCAUUGUUUGCGGUGUAGUAGUCGUUGACGAAAGAGUUUCAUUUGCAAACUCCCAGCGAAACCUUCAAUUGGAGCCCAUCUCCAAGAACUCCAUCAUUUUAGGAGCAGUUGUAUUGAAUCGAAACAACUAUUCCUGCGAAGAGAUCCGACGGUGUCUUCAGACACAGCUCUCCUCUAUUUGGGAUUCGCAGCAAAAGUUCUCAUUUCUUACUAAAGAAGGACAACUUAGAGAUGAAAUCGACAAUCAGUUCAAAGAAAUUGGUUUAAAGAAUAAGAAAACUGAGUAUAUUUUCAUUGAGAGGAAUGGUUGGCCGGUGGCCACAAACCAGGAACCGAUUCUCUCGGUUUGGGAUAUCAUAGUUAACCAAAACAUAUGCAUUCAAAGCGGUUCAAUAAAACUGUCAAAUAUAAUGUCAAAUGGAGAGACGAAUCGAGGGUUAGAAGAGAUGCCACAACUCCUGGCCCUCAAUGGUAUCAAAUCGCAGGUCACCGAAGAACUCAGCUAUAAUAAUACAUACAAAACACUAGAUAUGACCCAAACUGACUCUAUUAUGCAACCAGAGAAAGGUAGCAAAAGUAGUGGCAAAUCAAUCAGAAAAUCCAAUUUUAGUGUGAGACAAACGCAAACCAUUAAGAAGAGUAAAUUGGUUCGGAUUAAGUCGUCGGGAAAGGGAGGAAAAGUAGUCAUGUUGUCCUAUUGUCGACAAGAGGCGUCUCAACACGCGUUGGAUUUAAAGGACCAUUUGUUGGAAUUGGGAUUCAGUGUAUAUCUGGAUGUGCAUGAGAUUCAAACGGGUACUGAUUGGGCCGACUCUCUAAACGAUGCGGUCAGAGGCUGUGAAGUGUUUGUGCCGCUCAUAACACCCAUGUAUGGCAGGACUCAAUGGACUAAUCGAGAGAUUAAAUUGGCCGAUAUUUUGUCCAAAUUUAUAAUUCCAAUCAAUUUUCUUGACACGUGGCCACCCGAUUGUUUGGCCAUACAAUUUGCGACCACACAAUACAUUCCAUCGCGACCUCUGGAUGGGGGAAAUGAGACGAAUCGAGGGUUAGAAGAGAUGCCACAACUCCUGGCCCUCAAUGGUAUCAAAUCGCAGGUCACCGAAGAACUCAGCUAUAAUAAUACAUACAAAACACUAGAUAUGACCCAAACUGACUCUAUUAUGCAACCAGAGAAAGGUAGCAAAAGUAGUGGCAAAUCAAUCAGAAAAUCCAAUUUUAGUGUGAGACAAACGCAAACCAUUAAGAAGAGUAAAUUGGUUCGGAUUAAGUCGUCGGGAAAGGGAGGAAAAGUAGUCAUGUUGUCCUAUUGUCGACAAGAGGCGUCUCAACACGCGUUGGAUUUAAAGGACCAUUUGUUGGAAUUGGGAUUCAGUGUAUAUCUGGAUGUGCAUGAGAUUCAAACGGGUACUGAUUGGGCCGACUCUCUAAACGAUGCGGUCAGAGGCUGUGAAGUGUUUGUGCCGCUCAUAACACCCAUGUAUGGCAGGACUCAAUGGACUAAUCGUAAUAGGAUGUGCAUGAGAUUCAAACGGAUUAAAUUGGCCGAUAUUUUGUCCAAAUUUAUAAUUCCAAUCAAUUUUCUUGACACGUGGCCACCCGAUUGUUUGGCCAUACAAUUUGCGACCACACAAUACAUUCCAUCGCGACCUCUGGAUGGGGGAAAUGAUAGUACAACAGAGAAGUCAAUAGACAUUAAGAUAUGGCACGAAAAGCAUUUGAAGAAAGUGUCAGAACUAAUAUCGGAUCAAAUUAAGAAAAAGAAAAUUUUGCCAAAUUUUGAACAAAACAAAGCACUUCCAGCGCCGCCCGAAACGGACGGACCCAAAGACUCGGACACCGAUAAGCCAUUAAUAGUAAUCGUUGCACAUCCGCAACAAAAGGCUACCGUUUCGCAGAUUAGGUCAUUGUUUUGCGAUGAGUUCAACAUCUGGUGCUCAAUAGAUCUGCCCGAAGGAAGCGCUACCGAUGAGGACUUGGCCAACAAUUCUCCGCCUUUCACUCCAAACCAUUUGGCGACCAUCGAUGAGGCCUCGGAAACGCAAGUGUUCAGCGAUGACUACAAAGACAUCGCCCGUAAUAUAAUUAUCGGAAUGAAACAAAACAGUAAACCCCGACCGAAGUCUUUGCCAUCCAAUGCGGACUUCACUAUUGAACCAAAGAGACCAUUAAGUCGAGUGACUUCAACAACGAGUGAGACGAGUCACUUGUCUUCGCUUACGCCCGAAAAGGUGGACAGAAUUCAAGUAAUUAAGGAACAAAUCAAUUCGGCCGGAGUUGUCAUUAUUGUCUGUUCCGAGUCCUAUUAUAAGUCGAGAACAUCGAAACAAUUGGUCUUCUAUUGCGAACAGCGGAAGAAAAUCAUUUUAGUUCGCUGUGAUGUCAACUCUACUUCUGUUCCCCAAUGGUUCUCAAACCUGUUGAAAGAGAACAGAACUCUUCACAUAAAUAAUCCACGUUUUGACGAAUUACUUAAAUCGCGAGUCAAGCGAACUCUCGACCCCUUAACCAAAGCACCGGAAGACGAUUUUGAACAGAAAAUUCAAUAUUUGGUUGGAUUCAUGAAGAAGAAUCUGCCGGUACUCGAGACGUGUGUUUAUGUUGUUGGCAGUAUAAAACUUCAAAACCCUCGCUCUGAAGAGAUAUGUCAGGCAUUGGGCGUAGAGUUGGCUAAAGUGAAAAACGUGAACGUGGUCACCAGUGGCUUUUACGGGGCCGGAGAUAUAGUGGCCAAGUCUUUCUACGAGAGUCGGCAAACUGUUUGUACGAUUCAAUCCAAUUGCAAAUCCAAUGAAAAUACGCCCAACUCUUUUGAGUCCUCUGUUGUACAUAUUGUUCCCGAAUGCGAUUCAGAAGAUUUUAGCAGUAAAUGCCGACAGAAUUGUGAUGGUACAUUUGAGUCAGUACCGUAUGGGAAGACAAUGUUCCUUGGUCAAUCUGUCAAAGAAAGGGAGAGCUGUGUCGCCAGACUUUUGGAUACAUGUAUAUUAAUAGAAGGCGGACCCGGCGCCGCACAUGAGGCCGAAGAAUUCAUAUGGAAUGAUCAUUUUGUAAUACCCAUUAUCUCAUCGGGCGGUGCGGCCGGCGGUCAAUAUAACGUUCCGACGAAGAUAUUUGACUGCCCUAAUGGAGUGGCAGAACAGGACUGGGCUUUACUGUCAUCGCCCGACGCGACGCCUAUAGAUGUGGCCAAAGCUGUGGUCAGAAUAGUUGUCGGCUUAAAAGAGACGAUUGUUUCCAUAGCCUUAAGCAAACAUACGGUUAUUCUAAAGGCAAAGAAUAAAUUCACGAGAACUCGUUCGGGAAAGAAAAAGUUGGCCGAUAGGCGCAAAAUGAACAUCAGUGCCAUUAAUGCCUCCAAUUCUGUUAUACCGGCGGCGGUGGACAACGACCCCAACUCUCCCGAAAAGGUGUUGCCCGUCAUCAACACCAUUAUGAAUGAAAACGAGUCAAUGAAUACAAGCAAACCGAGUAAAUGGCAAAUCGGGAAACGAAUGCAGAAUUUAAUGACAUUCUCGCGUAAAAAGUGUUAAAUUUUGAAUACUUUUUUUUUAUUAAUAAUUGUUAUUUUUAUAAAACAAAUAAAAGGCAC